AUGCAGGGCACUACACCGGCUAGAAUAGAGUCCAUGAGCCCAGUCAUUGACUGGAAGGACACCAUCCCACCAGAGGAUCGUCAAGAUCUCGGAGACCCUCAGUUCGUGGCGGAAUAUGUGAAUCCAAUCUUCAUCAAUAUGAAUGGCGUUGAACAGAAGUAG